GCGAGGUGGUGCAGGUCUGCAGGAGGCUUCACCGGCUCUGCCCACCCUACCGACACCAACACUGUGAACGGGUUUGUCGCUUCGUCCGGUACAGAUUGAAGCCAGGAUGUGGAUGCUGGUCCUUCAGUUGAUUUGCACUGGUUUGUGCCUAAAGGUAACAGUAUCCUACCAAACAUGCCGUUUGAGGGGACAAAGAGCCUGGUGUGGCUUUCAGAACCACUACUGGGUUCCUGCUCUGCCCCACAACAUCACCCACCUCUAUCUGCAGAGUAACCACAUCAGUGAGAUUAACAGCACCUCGCUCAGAGACUUUAAGGAGUUGCAAGUAUUAAAUCUUGAAAGUCAGGAUCAAACACUCAUCAUAUGGAACAACGCUUUCCUCAGGCAGAGAAAGUUAACAGAAUUGAUGCUCGGCUCUAAUCUGGGCCUCAAACUGCAGCCGAGGGCAUUUGCAGGACUGUUCGAUUUACAAAUCCUGUCUUUGUAUUAUUGUAGUCUGACAGACUCCAUACUAUCAGAAAGCUAUCUGGAACCACUGUUGUCCUUGGAAGUCCUUGAUCUCUCGUUCAACAACAUAACGAGACUGCAGCCAGGUCUGUUCUUUUCAAGAUUCAGAAAGUUCACGCAGCUGAAACUCAAACUAAAUAAGAUCGAAAACAUAUGUGAAGAAGAUCUUCUAAGUUUCAGGGGUAAAAGGUUUGAGCUCCUGAGCUUGGACUCCAACAAGUUAUACCACAAUGAUGAAUGGGGAAACUGUGGGAACCCUUUCAAAGAGCUAGCCUUCGAUGUUCUCGAUUUAACCUCCAGUGGACUACAUGUGAACGAAACAAGGCAGUUUUUCAAAGCAAUAGAAGGGACUCCGAUUUCUCAUCUUAUAUACUCUGGAAUCUUGGGCAAAGGGUUUUCACAUGAGAACAUCCCAGAUCCAGAUAAAAACACAUUUGAAGGCCUGAAAAACAGUGCAGUGAAAAUUUUGGAUGUCUCUAAAAACCGCAUAUUUGCUUUGCAGAGUGCCGUGUUCAGUCAUCUAAGAGAUGCAAAGAAGAUCGAUAUUUCCCUAAACAGAAUCAAUCAGAUUAACAGAAAUGCUUUUGAUGGUCUUCAGGAUCAUUUACUAAUACUCAACUUGUCAUCCAACCUUUUAGGAGAAAUACAUUCUCACACAUUCACCAAUCUGAGAGAACUUAGGAUACUGGACUUGUCCCAAAACCACAUUGGUGUUUUGGGAUACAAAGCAUUCAGCGGUCUCCCGAACUUACAGUAUUUAGAUCUGACAUCAAACUCAGUGCGAGAACUGGGUUUUCCUACAUCACUACCAAAUUUAGAAUAUCUGUUUUUGAGAGAUAAUAAGUUGAAAUCUCUCAGUGGAAUUUGUGACUUGGCCAUGAACAGUAUCCAUGUCGAUAUUACAGAAAACAGAUUAACAAAUAUGGAGGAUGUAUAUGUCAUUUUAACUUAUUUCCCGAGACUUCAGUAUUUAUUCUAUGGUAGCAACAUCAUCAAGUGGUGCAAACUAAACUAUGUGUUUGAACCUCUUAAUAACAGUUUGAAAGUGCUAGAUCUUCACGAUAGUUCCCUGCAGAUAAUUUGGGCACAGGGGCAGUGCCUCGACUUGUUUGACCAUCUUGAAAAUCUGAUCGGUUUAAAUAUAAGCCUUAAUUCACUCACGACCCUCCCAAAUAGGAUUUUCAGGGGUCUCAGCUCAAUCAUAGAGAUGGACCUUUCGUACAAUGCCUUGACCUUUUUGCAGCCAGAUGUUUUUCCCAUCAGCCUGAAAUGGCUCCAUAUUUCAAACAACUUCCUAGCCUCCCCCGACCCUAUGACAUUUCAGUCUCUCAGCAUUCUCAGUCUGUCAGAAACUCGCUUUCACUGUGACUGCAAUCUGGGGAACUUCCUGGAGUGGCUGAACACGACUAAUGUCACGUUUCUGAGCCCAAUUGAAGACUUAAGAUGCGAGUUUCCAGCUGCUUUCCAGGGCCUUCCUCUGCUGAAUUACUCCACAAUCAUCGAACCAUGUGAGACGGAUCCCGAAGAGGCAGUCCGAGGUCUAAAGUUUGCUGCCUUCCUUUUCUCUGCCUCACUCAUCAUUACUGUCCUCCUUACUGGAAUUAUUUACGCUCGUCUUCGAGGACAAAUAUUCAUCAUCUACAAAAAGAUUAUCAGCAGGGUUCUCGAGGGCCCCAAACUGACGCCUCUUGUGGAUGAGAUGAAGUAUGAUGCCUUUGUCUGUUUUAGCAACAGGGACUACCGGUGGGUGGAGGCUGCUUUACUAAAGAAGCUGGAUAACAAGUUUUCAGAAGAGAAUCUUUUCCACUGUUGUUUCGAGGCCCGAGACUUCCUGCCAGGUGAGGAUCACCUUUCAAACAUCAGAGAUGCCAUCUGGAGCAGCAGGAAGACUUUGUGCAUUGUCUCUAAGGAGUUCCUUAAAGAUGGCUGGUGCUUGGAAGCGUUUAUUUUAGCCCAAGGCCGGAUGCUGGAGGAGCUGACGAAUGUCUUAAUUAUGUUGGUGGUAGGGGAGGUGGCUCACUACCAGCUGAUGAAGUGCAAUGCAGUCAGAGCUUUUGUCCAGAGGAAAGAGUACCUCACUUGGCCAGAGGACCCUCAGGAUAUGGAGUGGUUUUAUGAACGACUCAUCUCAGAUACUCUCAAAGACAGCAAGGUGAAAAAGCUCAAACAGGACAAGCCUGAGCCCGGGAGGCCUGAAGUUCAGCCGGAGAGACACGACGGGAUUAAUGCCGAGAACAUAAAAGAGACUUCCAUGUGAACUUUGUUUCUGCUGCUGUUUAGGAAGCCUACCGUCCUGUGAAAAUGAAAACUGGCGGCUUUGUAAAACGCAGCAACAGAUUCAGCAGACCCUGUGAUGCAAAGUCCAAGAAUGCCUAAACAAUGCUACAGUUCUUGGAUCUAUACCAAACAUAAAGGCCAGGGCUGGAAUCAGCCCGGCAAAGACUCCAAGCUGACCCACUUGAUUGCUUUGCAAUAUAAUAAGGAAGGCAUAGACUUUGGACCUUUAACUUUUUCCUCUAAGUUUUACAACUUUUCCUGCUAAUAAAAGGCCUAAAAGAAUUAAGUAAUCGAAAAACAACAAAGUCCCCCCCGCUGUCGGCUGUGCUUUUAAAAGUAAAUACAAAUUUUCUGUGAAUUAAUGAACGCUUUAGGGUCUGGGUAAUGAGCUACGAGAAUCAUUUCUCUAAUUUCACGUUUAUUUAUUCAUUCUAGCAAAUUUCUUUCAUUUAGAAAUUCUAUAUCCUUUCAUAUAGAAUAUAAUUUGACUCUAUAUUGUGUUCUCUGCAUCUGUUCCAUUUUUGCACUGAUCAUCACCUGCAUUCAUGUAUGUAUCAAUCUGCUUAGCACUUUUUAAAAUUUUUAUUUAAGUGUUUGUCUUAUACUGUGUUUUGCACAAAGUACCACAGCAACCUUUGGCAAUAAACCCUUUUCCGAUUCUGA